CCCCCUCGAGACAAAAUCUUUCAAAUAAAAAAAAAAUGAGCCAAUUGCCGCCCGCGUUCAAACUCAAGGAAGAGGACGUCAAACUCAUGCUCGCCGCCGACGUUCACAUCGGCGAUCGAAACUGCGAAUCCGUUAUGAGAAACUACGUCUACAAAUGCCGAAAAGACGGCGUUCAUAUCAUUGAUCUUCGAAAAACCUGGGAAAAAAUAAUUUUAGCUGCUCGUAUCAUCGUAACCUUCGAAAACCCCAGCGACGUCUGUGUCGUCGCCACCUCCACUCAAGGAUCCCUCCCCAUCGCCCAACGCGCCACUCUCAAACUGGCACACUACCUCGGCGCCCACGCCAUCGCCGGUAAGUUCACUCCCGGAUCCUUCACCAACUACAUUCAAGCCGACUACUACGAACCGAGACUCCUCAUCGUCGCGAACCCCUACAAAGACCACCAACCCGUCACCGAGUCCAGCUACGUGAACCUGCCCGUCAUCGCCCUCUGCAACACCGACUCCCCCCUCCGACACGUCGACGUCGCCAUCCCCUGCAACAAUAAAGGCAGGUACUCCGUCGCGCUCGUCAUGUGGCUCCUCACCAGAGAAGUGCUCAGACUACGCGACAAAAUCUCCUCAACCGCCCCCUGGGACGUCAUGGUCGACAUGUUCAUUCAGCCCGACCAAGAAGAAAUCGAAAAAGCGGAAGCCGAACAAUCGCGCAUCGUCCAGGACACCUUCAUAGACAACAGCAUCCCCGCCGCUCCGGAAAUAGACCCCAACCCCGACACCAUCGUCGGCUCUCUCUCCUCCCCGAGCGUCCAAGUGGCCAGCACUUAAAAACCCUGCAAAAAUAAAACUCACCCACCAAAAAAAAAAAAA